AUGACUACUAGUGAUAUCUCUUCUCAAAUACUACAAGAUCAGAUAAAAUCACUUUCAGAACUAACAUUAUCAACAAUAGAACAGUUUGAAAUUUCAACUGAACGAAAAACUCGUGACUGUGUUGUAUGUGUUACAGAUAAGUUUCUUGAUCAAUUUGAAGGUAUCUUUGGCGACACAUGUGUGCAUAUUGAACGAACAGUUUGUAAUUCAUGUGUCUACGAAAAUACUAAAUAUGUUGUUGAAGAUUCAAUGAUUUAUUUUGGAGAUGUUAUAUGUCCUGAACCGAAUUGCAAUGGAGAAUUUGACUAUAAUGGAAUUCGACAAAUUCUUGUUUUCAUUGGAAAAAAUUCUCAAUUAUUCGAACAAUACGAUCUACAUUUGAUGUAUCGGCAACUUGAACAUAUGUCUGAAUUUCUUUGGUGUGCAUACAAUUGUGGUUCAGGUCAAUUGUAUGAAGCAGGAUCUUCAAAUCCUGCAGUUACAUGUAAAAAAUGCAAUCGUCCUACACGUUUCAAACAUCGUGUUGUUUGGCACACGGACAUGUCAUGUGAUCAAUAUGAUCUUUUAAGUAAUCAACCAUCUGAAAACGAUGCUACUAACAAAUGGUUAGAAAUGUUUGCUAAACAAUGUCCACAAUGUCAUUGGCAUAUUCAAAAAUAUGAAGGAUGUGAUCAUAUGACAUGUCGACAAUGUAAAUAUGAGUUUUGUUGGAUAUGUUUUGUUGAUUAUAAACUUAUUGCAAGUAAAGGUGUCAGUCAACAUAAAACAACGUGUAGUCAUUAUCAGGUAUUAGUAUUACAUUUUGAAAUAGUACAUGUUCGCGGUAAAUGGUUUAUUAGCCAUUAA